GCAGCUUUAAAGUGGUGGGAAAAGACGUGGCCACUGUAUGAAAUAACCUGUCUCAAGAUUUUAAAAAUCCUCACAAAAUAUCUCAAAGGUGUGAGAAGACUUGUUGCAUUUCAGUAUCUGAAUUGUUGAGAUGGAUGAGACGACUCCCCUGACCUAUCUGGAUAUCUACGCUACUAGCCAAGGUCUGGACUUUGAGGAUGACCACUUGUACGUCCUGUACACAUCUGUCUUCCUUCCCAUCUUCUACACUGCUGUGUUCCUGAUCGGUGUUGUGGGGAACCUGAUCCUGAUUGGAGCCUUACAUUUUAAACAGGGAAGCCAAAGACUGAUUGACAUAUUUAUCAUCAACCUGGCUGUCUCUGACUUCAUUUUCCUUGUUACGCUGCCGCUCUGGGUAGAUAAGGAGGCAUCCUUAGGCCUGUGGAGGACUGGCUCAUUCCUGUGCAAGGGAAGCUCAUACAUCAUUUCAGUCAACAUGCACAGUAGUGUCUUCUUCUUGACCUGCAUGAGUGCUGAGCGCUACCUGGCUAUCAUGUGCCCCUCUGCAUCCAGGAAAUUCAGGAGGAAAGAUUGCACUUAUGGUGUCUGUGUCAGUGUCUGGUGUAUCUCCUGCCUUCUGGGCUUGCCCACUCUUUUGUCCAGGGACCUCAUAAUGAUCGAGGACAAACCCUAUUGUGCAGAAGAGCCAGCCACUCUCUCUAAACAUGCUUGGGCCCUCAUGUCCUUAAUUUUCACUUUUUUUGUCCCCUUGCUGAGCAUCUUGACCUGCUACUGUUCUAUUGCAAGGAAAUUGUGUGCAUACUACCAGCAGUCAGGAAAACACAACAAAAAGCUCCAAAAGUCCAUAAAAAUUAUCUUCAUCGUAGUGGCAGCCUUUGUCAGCUCUUGGCUACCUUUUAACAUUUUCAAGGUUUUGUCUAUCAUCUCUGGGCUGCAAGAAGAACCCUUCUUUUCCUCAGUCACCCUUCAAGUGGGCAUGGAGGUCAGUGGUCCUUUGGCAUUUUCUAACAGUUGCAUUAACCCUCUCAUUUAUUAUUUCUUUGAUGGCUAUAUACGGCGAGCUAUUAUCUGCUGUCUUUGUCCUUGUCUGAAGAAUUCCAACCUUGGGAGCAGCACUGAAACCUCAGACAGCCACCUUAGUAAGAUCUUUGCCAACUUCAUUCAUGGAGAGGAUUUUUCUAGAAGGAGAAGGCGUUCUGUGUCUCUGUAAAAGUAAGGGAGUGAAAUAUUUUUAGGAAAAAGUUUUUUUUUUAAUGGGAGGUGGGGAAAGGGCAAUUUGAAUGGUUUUAUCAGGAAAAAGAAGAAAGGAGAAAAGGCCAUGGAUGUGACUGAAUCAAUUGUUAUUUAUUCAAGUGGCCUGUCUUCUCUUAGGAGGACUGUUCUUCUUGGACUCUUGAGCAAUGGAUCCCAGUUGAUAUUGUCCCUUCAGUGUGUUUUGUGAUACACCUUCAGACUUUUUUUCUCUACUAAGAACUAUCUCACCUCUCUGGAUAUUGUGCUUCUAUUGGAAAUACCCUUUGAGAAAAUGAACAUAUUUUGGCCACUGACAAAUAUGGUCACAAUGUCUGGGGUGAGCUUUAUUUAUGGUGCCUGUAUUUGAUUUUUUCUGAGAUCCGAAUCAAAGUUCUCACUUCAAUCCCAUUGGUUUCUAAGUUGUCUUUUGCCCUUAGUCUUUUCUCUAUAUUUGUAGAGUGGCAGGGAGCCCAGGGAGACUGGAAUUAGGUUAAACUGAAAGGGGAGGGGUGGUGGUAAAGAUGAAUAAUGCAAAAACAUUUUUUUAACCUUCAUAACUGCUGACAGCCUGUCCCUAUCCUAAGGACUGUUUUAAACUUGCUAUACUUUUUUGGUCUGCUGGAGUCUUUAUAGAUUUAUGGUAUUUGGGUCAAGAAAGCAAACACAGGUCAAGUUCUGUCCUUAGAAAGAGAUCUGGCUACUGAUCAGAGAGACUGAUAGAAGGGUAUUUUCAUGAUGAUACUUUAAGUAAAUGCUUUUUAAUGGUGUUUUGUUAUGUGCGUCAUGCUCUCUCAUUAGCAAUAGUUCCAUAAAUGAAUGUUUUAACUUUCUGCAAUUAUAUGGCUUUAAUAACAUAGGUGACUAAUGUAAAACAUGGCUAAUAAUAUAAUGGGUGGCAUUUGGAUUUCUGGAUUCAAACUAAUGGAAUGAAUGACUUGUUUUUAAAAUCCCAAGAUCACAGUUUUCUAUGGCACUAUUCACCAUGUGUAGAUAGCGUUCUAAGAUAUAAAUAUUUGUGUAAGAUGUUCUAUGCUAUCCUACAGAGAAAAAAAAUGGCUUUUUAAAAUGUUAGUGAUCUUUAAUAUAUAGGGUAGGGUCUUUGUCUUUUGUAAGAUAUUUGUCUUCCUGAUUAGAGAUAUUAACAGAUGUUUGUUUUCAUAAUGAUGUUUCAAGUUAUUGAUUUUUAAUUGGA